CAACUUUUACAUUUUGGCGCUGACUUUAAAAUUUUGGCGCCUAGUCUCACUUUAACGAAAUAAAAUCUCUUUAAAAACAUCGAUGUGAACAACACGUGCGGGCUGCUGAGAGAUGGAGCGCACAAUAAAAACACGCGUCUUGCAGGCCCUGGAGGAUCUGAGCCGUAAAAACCUGGAAAAGUUUUGUUUCCACCUGAGGAACCGCGGGGACAAGCCGAAGAUCAGGACCCGAGAGGUGGAGAAGAAGAGUCCCGUGGAGAUCACAGACCUCAUGGUUUCUAAAUUCACCGCAGUGCGAGCUGUGAAAGUGACCGUGGAGACACUGAGGCGGAUCGACUGUAACCAGGAAGCUGAGACACUGGAAUCGAAGACCAAAGCAUGUGUGGACACAGGUGAUCCCAUUUUUUGUAAGACCUCUGAUGGGAAGUUGAACACAAAGCCCUCGCAGGAAGCUGAGAACCAUGCAGCCAGGCCCUUUCCUUUAAAUGCUGUUCAAGGUGCUCCUGUGAAGAGGAAGAGAUCCCUUCAGCCAGGCCAAGAGGGAAUGGCCCUCGUUGGUUUUGGUGCUCACAGAUGGGAGACGCUGCAGGGUCUGUAUGAGGACAAGUACAAAAUCAGCUAUGUCAAAUACCUCCGAACAAUGGAGUCAGAGUGCACACCUGGGUCCAAGAUGGAGGACGCCAUCAGAUACAUUUUACAGCGUGACCAGGAGUUGGCUGCAGCUGGCACUGCUCCCAGCAGGCCAUUCACCAGAUCCUUCUGCAGGGGACCCAGGAAGAGAAAGAGCAACAGAACCAGUUCCUCAAGGUCCGUACAAGGGAAGCAGAAAAGGACCGGGUCGAAGACACAACAAACCUGUCUUCUCCGUUUUUGACAAAAACCUCUUUGGUGGCCUCCUGUGGCAUACACAACAUUUCCGUCAGGAUCAAUCAAGUAUCUUUCUAUCUAUCUAUCUAUAUAUCUAUAUGUUUAUCUAUCUGCCUCAUUAGAUACAAGUAUAAUCAUUCAAAGCCAUUUAUUUAGGGAGCAUUUCUAAAGGACAUUCCCUAUUUAGAGAAAUGUAAAAAUGUAAUGUAGAAAUGCAUUACGUGGACGAAUGCUUCAGUGCCUAAUUGUAGCUUGGACACACUACAUCUUCUCUAAUUGUGGGAAAAGCCUUCUUACUUGUUUUCACAAUGUUAUUUAAUCCAAACAAAUGUACUCUGCAAAUAAAGCAUGUGGAUUUA